AUGCCAAUUGAAUUAAAUAUCAAGAAAUUGAACACAGUUGCAUAUGUGGAAAUAUUUGUCAGUCUAAAUAACAUUGUCAAGUUUUCAGUAAAAAGGAGAAAUACAAUGGGAGUGAAGGGAAAUAUAAUUUUAUUAUUUCAUAAAGUUGAAAAUACUGAAGAUACUCCCACUUUGAAACUUGGGUUGGCAGAAACAUUGGAUCCUGGGAUCCAGAAAGAAAUUAUUUUCACUCUUCAAGCAAUGAGAUCUAAGAAAAAUGGGAUGUUUGUAUGGAUCUACUUUGCUAUUAUUAAAACUAAAAGUAAAUUUACAAAAAUAUUCUUCAAUACUGUAUUAACAAUGAACCUAAUUAGGAAAUUUGAAAGAAGCAAUUAUUGUCAUAAUCUUAUUAUUAUUAUUAUUACAUUUUAG